AAGAAACUGAUUAGUUGCACCUGUUUGAAUAGAGAAUUCAUGUUGCUAUCAUGCCUGAAACAAAAUCAGUGGAAAUAUUCAGGUCACCAACCAAAGGAUUUGGAUUCAGUGUUAUUGGUGGCUCAAAUACACACCUUCCGCCAAUGAUAUGUGCGUUGGCAAGUGGAGGCCCAGCAGCAUCUUCAGGAAAGAUUGGUGUUGGUGAUGUCGUGGAAACAGUCAAUGGUAUCAAUGCAAGAGAACUGCCAACUCGAUCAAUUGUAGAUAUCGUUCGCAACUCUAAAGAAAAGGUUUCACUCACCCUUACUGACGAUCCCGAGGCAAGAUCGUCAGCGAAGUCAUUUCUUUCUUAUGAUAUAAUCAAGUUACCCCCAAGAGAGAGUCGCUCGUCAGAGACUGCGUCACCUGCGGAAAACAGACCGGAAAGAAUUGUGACCCCUCCGGGCAAUAACUCGAAAUUUACUUCACAAAAUUCUUCAGAAAAUAAGAAAAAGUUGGAUAAACAGAAUUUAUCUCCAUGUUACAAACGCACAGUUGGGAGUCCGGAUUACGAUCUCCUUGGUGCUGACGGGCGAUUUACCAAAGCCGGAUCUUUAGCUAGGCCAACCGGUCACUUUACAUUCGAAGAAAAGGAAACCAGUGAGAGAUCGUCUUGUAGGAUUCCGGAAUCAUACCCAACUAGCGGGAAAUCAUCUUCGGAAUCUAGGACCUCGCCAAGAAGAAACGAGGAAAUUAAUUCCCCUAAGGAAACCCAGCCUACAAAAAUCGAAAAAGAUUCGCCCAGAAGCAGGGAUAAAGGAGCGAACGAUACUACGGCCGUUAAACGUGUCGAGGUUAGGAGCUUUUUGUCACUCGACGACUUAUGUAUUUCAGAAAUUUUGAAGCAGGAAAAUCGACUUAGCAAGCCAGUUUUCGGUUCAGCUCCUCGUAUCAGCGCUUCCCACUCAAAAGAGAAAAAGAUGAAACAGAAUCACGGGCUUCGCAAUGUACCAAACAUAGUCGUUGACAAUUCUCACAGACCGGCGCUGCAUCGCAGGAGUGCUUCGCAUGACGAACAGACUUGGAAUUAUCUUCAAAGACAAACAAACACUCAAGAUUACCGGGCUCCGGUCUAUACUUCGGAUGCUGAUACGCGGAGUUUUUCAGGCGUAGCCCGGGGUGCCCGUACCGGACCAACAGUGAGGUUUGAAGACGCAUCGAGCCAAAAACGCACCAACCCGUCUUGGUCUUCAUAUCAACCCAAAGAUCGAAGAGUUGCUGGCCCACUGGGGAAUGGUAAUACCACAAGUGCUCAUUAUGUAAAUCCAAAAUCAGCAAACAAUGCACAAGAUCUAAGAAAUGCUUUCAUUAAGCAUCAGAUUGCUUUACGAAACCAGAAAUUGGCCGGUUUUUCACAAAGGCGGUAUAACAGUAGCGAAGAGCUACCGAGUCAUGAUAAUUUUACCCGGUUGAUGCACCAAAACGUUCCAAUUUCAAAUCCAAGAGGAGUAGGUACCGGGAAAGACUUAGAUGUGAAGUCUACUGAAAAUUUUGAAUAUGAUGACGAAGACGAGGAUGACAUGCAAAGAAGUGGCUAUGGUGUUGGAUUCAAAAGGACUAACUCUUUAGGCCGGGCAGACAUCUAUCAAAGGUAUUCCAGAAACCAUGAUUUCUAUUAUACAGACCGGACUCAUGUCAGUCAAUAUAAAGAUAACAACUAUUCUCAUAACACUCAUAACAAUGAUAUGAAGCAGGCCCCUUUGAUACCUCGCUUAUCACCAGCUUUGCAGCAGAGAUUAAUGAAUGUUACAUUGUCAAACUCGGUUAAUUACAGCACUAGCUCGCAAACUACGGGGAUACCGAACAGAAAUGCUACAAAUUUCGACCAGUCUCCUAAAGGUCUAGACAUGCGAACAGAUUAUUCAAAUACAAGCCAAACAUACUCAACCAAUGCAAUGUUCAACACGAUGGCUGGUACAACGUACAGUGAAGAUGCGGGUAUGAGUAAUGGUGUCCCAAUGCGAGAUGCUGAAGAUGGCAUGGUUCACAGUCGUUAUGAGCAAGGGAAAUCGCUUAUUGUUCCUACCCAGCCUUUCGCAGAGGAUUUCCUGUCAUCAUCGGGAGACGGCCUUGGAUUUCAAAAUAAGAACCGCGGCUCAAUUCCAUCAAGAAUGUCAGUUGGUUCAAGGAUUUCGGAUCUAGGCCACAGUGAGCUGAGCUCACCUUUGAAAGUCCCGGAUGAGCUCAAAACCAUUGAUGCUACGGAUCUUGCUACGAGGCUAUUUACACUCGAUGGUUUCUCAUCUGAUGAUGUAGCACCACUGCUUGGAAAAAAUUCAGAAUUCAGUCAACAAGUGUGCAACGAAUACAUGAAAUUUCUUAACUUCGAGGGAUACUCAAUUGACGAAGCUUUGAGGAUACUUCUACAGAAGUUCCCAUUAACAGGUGAAACACAGGAACGUGAGAGGAUAUUGCUUCAGUUCUCCAAGCGAUACCAUGAAUGCAACAAACAGUUAUAUGACUCAGAGGACGCUGUGCAUACUUUAACAUGUGCAUUAAUGCUUCUGAACACGGAUCUCCAUGGCCAGAAUAUUGGAACUAAGAUGACUCUGAAUGAAUUUAUAAACAAUCUCAGUGGACUUAACGAUGGCGAAGACUUUUCAAGAGAGCUCCUAAAGACUCUUUACCAAUCCAUCAAAACCAAGGAAAUUCUAUAUGCGACCAAUGAAGCCCCGAGAGAAAUAAAGCCAUCACCAAAAUCUAGAAAGCCAUCCUCCAAUGGAAACCCUUUCAUUGAGCUUAAAGCAGACGAUGAUGCCGUCGUGAUGCAGAAUGGCAUGCUAAAUAGAAAAUGCAUCAUGGAUGCAGAUGGAAGACGCUGUCCUCCACAUAAACGUCGAUGGAAGACUUAUUAUUGUAUUCUCAAAGGUUUAGUUCUCUUUCUCAGGAAGCAUGAUAGAGAGCAAUUCGACCGGUCAAUCGGAAUACACCACUCUUUGGCAGGUCCAGCCACGGAUUACAGGAAGAGAAAUUUUGUUUUCAAGCUCAUAACUGCGGACUGGCGAGUUUUUCUAUUUGAAGCAAAGAGUAAGGCUGAUGUGCAAGGUUGGGUAGAUGCAAUCAAUAUAACAGCUGCUGCCUUGUCGUCACCACCAUUGCCGGCACCUUGCUCCUCCAGCAAACAGUUCACCCGUCCUGUGAUGCCAGUUUCCGUCACUAGACUCAAUUUGGAACAGCAAAUCAAGCGACACUCCGAAAGGGCUGAAUCAAUUGACAAGGAUAUGCAGAAUCACAGAGAACUGCAACCGAAUGAAAACUCGAAAGAUUUCAAGGAUUGGGUAGAUAAAAUGGAUUACUUAGAGUUUGAGUACAAGCGGUUCUCUGCUUAUGGUAAAGUUCUGAGCCUCCAACGGCUGAAACAGAGGCUGGAUUUCCUCAUGUCAAGUCGAGAGACACCUGCUACCCGCACCGAGGAAGCUCCUUCUAACCGGCCCCUUCGCAGUAGCUCGAUGAAUGACAUCGAAAGGUCAAACGGUGUAAGUCCGGCCACGCGGAGGAAGAUGCGAGAAAGCUACCUUCGUGCAAUUCAUAAUUAGAAUAUAAACAAAUCGACCCAAGUAAUUUUGGAGAUCGAUCAGAAGUGACGUUGUUGUCGUGUGAUCAUGGUUUUUCAUGAAAAACGCAGAAUGUAUCACUUCACUCAAGCAACCUUGUUUUGAAAACUAGUCUAGAAAUUUGAAGGUUUUGACCCCAGAAUGGAUUUAGCACCGAAGUUUCAUUCUAGAUUCAAAUUUUCACAUUCCAAGCUGUUAUGAUUUUGAUCAUGAUAAGAAGGAGUCCGGAAUUUUAUAAGGGAUUUGACCGUGAGAAAUGACUGGGGCUGUGACUUUACACCCGGAAUUAUUUUUGCGAUCAAAUUCCUGAUAGGUUGUCAAAUUUUGUCCUAUACGCAGUUCACAAAUGCUUUUAGUUUGGAAUUUUUAGCGGGACUUGAAUAGUUUCGGUGCUAAUUCAUAAUCCGAGUUCCAAAAAUUUUAUUUGAAGAAAUUUUGUGAAGUUUCCUGAUCGAGGUCGUUCAUUUAAGUUAUGUAUAGAGUUUGAUUGAAAUGGUAGCUCCAUAUCGGAUGAUAGAAAUUAUCAAAAUGUAAAUGACAGAAUGAUCUGAAGCUGUCGAUCAUCAAUUUCCCUUUGUCACUAUUUUAAAUAUUCAUAACCAACACCAGCAAAUCAUAUCCAACCAAUGCAACCACAUCUUCAUGAAUUCCAGAAGAUUCAACUAUAUCAAGAGUUUUUUGUGAUUUAUUAUAUUUUUCUUAUUGUCAAUUACGUAGAUAAUUUUGCUGUUUUAAAUUCAUAUGAAGAUAGCUAUGUUGACUAAUUGUCAAACCUAGUUUAAUACAAAUUAUAAGAAUUGUAAUUAGAUCUUGUAUAUGCCUUUGUAGAAAUUAGAGCAUGUUUAUCUUUGAUUUAUGUUCGAAGUUUUUCAUUAACUGUUUCCCGUAGUGCAGAUUUCUAUGUUAAAUUAGAGAGACACCUAGCGAUUCCUCCUUUAAGUGACCUGUAUCAGUAACGGACCCCCAAAAAUUACCAACAAAUAUCUUUGUCCCAAAAUUUCUCUCCUACUGUGGCCUAGAGCCGUCUACUAGUUUUAAAGUUUCAGUGUCAUUGCUGAGAAAGAGAUUCCUUCGCGCACAAGACUCUGAAGUUAGUUUUCUAAUGUCAUGAAUCCUUAGCAUUUAACGAUUAUUUUCUUCAUAUUUUUUAACGAAAGACAAGGAAUCUCAAUUCAGACGAAUGGUGCAAGAAGGAUUAGGAUAGCUCGCAUACUGCGCAUAGUUUUUCCUUCCUGGUGGAAGGCAUAUCUUGCAUCCCCGUCUGCCGUUUAUGUAAAUUUGCAUUGCCGAUAAAAGAUCUUCAAAUUUCACCUUGCCUUUCAUGCCACGUCAGAUGAAAUUUUAAAUUACCUUUGACUUUUUAAAGACUCAUUGCUAAAAAUGGGCCUUUGCGAGCGUGGUGACGGUCCAAACAAUGGCAAAAUUUUCUACGGAUUAACCAAAAUUAAUUUUAGACAGUCUAAAAAUGCAUUAUGGGAUGCUUACGUAGUGCAAUGGCUCAUUGUUAGCAAUGGGUCUUUAAACAACAGUUGAUCUUGUCCUUUGGAUCUUCUAGGCAUGUUUUCAACAUCACUAAAUGGUAAUCUAUAAUUUUCAUUGCUCCUGAAACAAUCUUAGGGGUUUUGCUGGACAUAUACCCCUUUCAAUUUCAUUAUUUUAUCCUUAAAUGUUUCCUUAAAUGUUGUCAGAAGUUCAGGCAGUGCGAAAUUGUUCUUUCAAGCUUUUAAAUGUAAUACGUUUUUAGUUUGCACAUCACCACUACCUUUAAAGCAUUCGGCUGCUACAAAUUAGAAAAUUAGGCAUGUUACGUGUGACAUGGUUUGGGUUUCAAAUUGCGUAUUUCUUCAUAUUCAGUGGUAUUUAUUGCAGUA